GCGGCCCGCCCCGUGGCGUCCCACCCACGGCGUCCCCUCCCCUCCAGCUGCGGGAAAAGCGGCCGCGGGCUCUGCUGCUCGCUGUGGGGCGGGCGGGCGCAGCCGAGGCGGAGCGUGGCGGCGGGCGGACGAGAUGCGAGCGCAGCCGCUCUGGGCCGCGGCGCUGGUGCUGGGGGCGCUGGCGGGCGUCGGCGUCGGAGGACCAAACAUCUGUACCACACGAGGCGUGAGCUCCUGCCAGCAAUGUCUGGCUGUGAGUCCCAUGUGUGCCUGGUGCUCAGAUCAGACCCUGACUCCGGGCUCACCCCGCUGUAACCUGAAGGAGAACCUGCUGAAGGAUAACUGUGCCCUGGAGUCCAUCGAGUUCCCCCUCAGUGAGGUCCGCAUCUUGGAGGCCAGGCCUCUCAGCGACAAGGGCUCUGGAGACAGUUCCCAAAUCACUCAAGUCAGUCCCCAGAGGAUUGCGCUCCGGCUCCGGCCAGAUGAUUCGAAGAGUUUCUCCAUCCAAGUCCGGCAGGUGGAGGACUACCCUGUGGACAUCUACUACUUGAUGGACCUGUCUUACUCCAUGAAAGAUGAUCUGACGAGCAUCCAGAACCUGGGUACCAAGCUGGCCUCCCAGAUGCGCAAGCUCACCAGUAACCUGCGGAUUGGCUUUGGGGCCUUUGUGGACAAGCCUGCAUCGCCAUACAUGUACAUCUCCCCACCAGAGGCCCUCAAAAACCCCUGCUACGAUAUGAAGGCCACCUGUUUGCCCAUGUUUGGCUACAAACAUGUGCUGACACUAACUGACCAGGUGAACCGCUUCAACGAGGAGGUGAAGAAGCAGAGUGUGUCACGGAACCGAGACAGCCCAGAGGGUGGCUUUGAUGCCAUCAUGCAGGCUACAGUCUGCGAUGAGAAGAUUGGCUGGAGGAAUGAUGCAUCCCACUUGCUGGUGUUUACCACUGAUGCCAAGACCCAUAUAGCAUUGGAUGGAAGGCUAGCAGGCAUUGUCCAGCCCAAUGACGGGCAGUGCCACGUUGGCAGUGACAACCAUUACUCUGCUUCCACUACCAUGGAUUAUCCCUCUUUGGGGCUGAUGACCGAGAAGCUGUCCCAGAAAAACAUCAAUCUGAUCUUUGCGGUGACUGAAGGAGUAGUCAAACUCUACCAGAACUACAGUGAGCUCAUCCCAGGGACUACAGUGGGGGUUCUGUCUGCCGAUUCCAGCAAUGUCCUCCAGCUCAUUGUUGAUUCCUAUGGGAAAAUCCGCUCUAAAGUCGAGCUGGAGGUACGUGACCUUCCCGAGGAGUUGUCUCUAUCCUUCAACGCCACUUGUCUCAACAACGAGGUCAUCCCAGGCCUGAAGUCUUGUGUUGGACUCAAGAUUGGAGACACGGUGAGCUUCAGCAUCGAGGCCAAGGUGCGAGGCUGCCCCCAGGAGAAGGAGAAGUCCUUUACCAUCAAGCCUGUGGGCUUCAAGGACAGCCUCACCGUCCAGGUCACCUUCGACUGUGACUGUGCCUGCCAGGCCCAUGCCGAGCCUUACAGCCGCCGCUGCAACAACGGCAAUGGGACCUUUGAGUGCGGGGUGUGCCGCUGCGGGCCUGGCUGGCUGGGGUCCCAGUGUGAGUGCUCAGAGGAGGACUACCGCCCCUCCCAGCAGGACGAGUGCAGCCCCCAGGAGGGCCAGCCUGUCUGCAGCCAGCGGGGCGAGUGUCUCUGUGGCCAGUGCGUCUGCCACAGCAGUGACUUUGGCAAGAUCACGGGCAAGUACUGCGAGUGUGAUGACUUCUCCUGUGUCCGCUACAAGGGAGAGAUGUGCUCAGGCCAUGGCCAGUGCAGCUGUGGGGACUGCCUGUGUGACUCGGACUGGACCGGCUACUACUGCAACUGUACCACGCGCACCGACACCUGCAUGUCCAGUAACGGGCUGCUGUGCAGCGGCCGGGGCAAGUGCGAGUGCGGCAGCUGCGUCUGCAUCCAGCCGGGCUCCUACGGGACCACCUGUGAGAAGUGUCCCACCUGCCCUGAUGCCUGCACCUUUAAGAAGGAGUGUGUCGAGUGUAAGAAGUUCGACCGCGGAACCCUAUACAUGGAAAACACCUGCAACCGUUACUGUCGUGAUGAGGUUGAGUCUGUGAAGGAGCUUAAGGACACUGGCAAGGAUGCAGUGAAUUGCACCUACAAGAAUGAGGAUGACUGUGUCAUCAGAUUCCAGUACUAUGAAGACUCCAGUGGAAAGUCCAUCCUGUAUGUGGUAGAAGAGCCAGAGUGUCCCAAGGGCCCUGACAUCCUGGUGGUCCUGCUCUCAGUGAUGGGGGCCAUUCUGCUCAUUGGUCUUGCUACUCUGCUCAUCUGGAAGCUCCUCAUCACCAUCCAUGAUCGGAAGGAGUUUGCGAAAUUUGAGGAAGAACGAGCCAGAGCAAAAUGGGACACGGCCAACAACCCACUGUAUAAAGAGGCCACAUCCACCUUCACCAACAUCACCUACCGGGGCACUUAAUGACAAGCAGUCGUCCUCAGAUCACUAGCAGAGUGUCCCAGGAUUGUGGGCAUCUCUGCCGUCAUGUUUACAGGGGACAGUAUCUGUGGGGCGGGAUUGGGGACUUGGAGUGAGGUGGGGUGGGAGAAUGUGAAUGCGUGGAAGUGUGGGUCUCUGUGCAUGAGUGCGUGAGUGGGUUGCGUAUGGGGGAAUGUGUAAUUUAAAACUUGGGGCGUGUCCCAGAUCAGCAGAGCUCCUCAGCCUUUGUCCUCAGAACGCCUCCUUCAGGGAUUCCUCCUGCUUAACCUGAGGGUGACCUGCGUAGCUGAGCAGAUGUUCUUCAUUACCUCAGAGAGAAGCCAGCUUUCCUUCUCGGGCCAUUCUCCCUAAAGAACAGAGCAGGGCUGAGGCCUCUCAUUCCAGAGAACAGGACUUUGAUUCCGCCCUGAGUUUAUGGUUCUUGGGCCUGACUCUCAGCAGCUAUGGCAGGAAUUGCUGGGCUUUGUAGCCUUGUGUCACCUGUUCCCGUCUCCUUUCCCCUCCCUCAGGCUGAAGGAGAAUUCAGGGGAGAGCCGAAUCAUCAGAGCUGCCUGUGCCUUUGGCUAUCCCCUCAACCCAGUAUGGUUCUCUCAGUAGGGGAGUCCUUGCUACCGAAUUCUUUGAUCUAUUGGGAGAGAGGAUGGCAGGGCCAUCCAGGGGUCAUGCAUGGCCUGGGGAAUGUGCCAGGGUCCCGCAGCUCAAAAUGACCCUUCAGAUUUGUCCCAUUGGCAGCUCCAUCCUAGAGGUUCAUUUAGAAGUGUUUCACCCUUAGACCAAGCACUGCCUCUUACCUCCUACUUCCACAUGCUCACUGCUGUAGAUGUUUGCUGCAUACUGGGACUUUCAUGGCCAAAAGCUUUUCCUCCCAGAAAGGGUGCUAUGGUUAGAGCCAGAGGACUGGCCCACCCUCAGGCCUUCUGCCCCUUGUCCAAGGCACUUCCACACACUCUACCCUGUGCUUUUAUGUGCUAAAUCCAUCCACGGGGAUGAUUGCCUUUAUCUACCUCUGGGGUGUCUUGAGAAGGAGUCAUUCCCACGGGUCUCUGAGUCUGUGCUGGGCAUAAGUGCCAGGGUGAAAUGAUGGGCCAGUUGUAUCAGCCUGUGUGGCCUAUUCUCCCUCGGGCUGGGCAACCUCAUUUUAACUCAGUCGUUAAUCUGAGAGGUCACAAGUGCAAUUUUCUUUUCUUUUUCUCAUUGGGGCACCUGGGACCACAAUGAGGCUUAAACUAAAGGACCAUGUAUAUAAACACACUUGUAUUAUAUUUGUAAUUUUAUUUGAUGACAAGGAAGGAGAGUAUAAAAAAGCCACAGAGACUUGGGCUGGAUAUAGACAGCCCCAUGUGGCAUCACUCAGAGCAAGUCAUUGCCCAGUUGUGGGAUCUGUAAAGGCUUUCUUAUCCUGGAAGCCUGUGGGGAUGGAUGCAUGGACAUGCUGGUCCUUUCCUGAGGAGGAGGGAAAUGGCCAAUAGCAAUAGCAGUUGCUCCAUUGGUGUUUACAUUAACAACUACCCUCUCAGUCUCCAAGAAAAAGGGGAGGAUCUAUAAACAGUGAUCUGAUGAUCAGAAAAUCUAAGAUCAGGCCUCAGUGUUGCAGUUAAGGAAUCUUUAAACGUAAUUAAGACAAGUCACUUUGUUCUCCCUGAGGCUCAGUUCUCUAGUUCGAAAAAUGAUGGGUUUGGACCAGUUUAGAAGGUCUCUUUUAGUGUCAGAAUUCUAAGAUGUUGGGACUUACUUUGAGAUCAAACUCAUCAUGAAGAUCCUGUGGGAUGUAGAUAUUGCUUAUUUUUUUAGUUGGGAGAGAGACCUGGCUUUGGCAAGAGCAGGUGUCAUUCCACAUCACAGAUGUUAUUCAAUGAAAAAGCCUCAUUCUAUCCUGUCUUUGAGCCUCUUCUCCAACUUUUGUUAGCAGUUACAUCUCCUGACACUGUAGUCUUUGAGCUCCACUUAGUUCCUAUUUCUUAGUUCACUUUGCACACAUUUGCAUCCACAUAUUAGGGAAGAGGCACCCAUAAGAAGUAGCUGAAAUGUGUGGUUUGUAUCCAGGUGUUAACCUUGAGAAUAAGCCUUGGAAUUAGGAAUGGGGAAAAUGACUGAGCCCUGUCUGACCCACGGAUUACCCUUUAUUGUAGGGGAUGGUAACACAGUGGAGGGAUAAAUGAGGGAUGGAUAAGGAAUCCAAGAAGUUUAGAACCUAACUGUCACCUUCAGCUAGGGAGACAAGAGUCCAUUAGAGUAGUAGUACAUUUUCUUUAGGUAAGAUGGCUUAUAUAAAGAAACUAUAUCAAAGGAGAAAGAAUAUGUAUCCAAUAGACUAAAACAUCAAUGGGGAAAAAAUAAAAAAUAAAAUAAAACAUCAAUGGGAAUCUUGUGUGAGCUUCUGGAAUGAGGCUCAUAGGCCUUGAAGACCAGCACUGUUUGUCUAUAUGUGGAAGAACCUGUAAUGUGUUCGGGAGAGAGCAUAUAGCAGUGAGUUUUGGCAUCAUGUGGGGUGAACAUCUGAAUAGUAUUUUGGCAUCAGAUAACAUAGCACAAAAAGGCCAUUUGUGCUCUGCUCUUUUGGAGAUAUUUCAUGUUCAGUCUCAGGGUCUGUGGACAGUAAUGGGAAACUUUGACCAUUCCUGACAAGUUGUCACAUAAGGAGUCGGUUCUUUGUCAUUCAGAUAUUCCUAGCCCAUCCAUGAUUUCAAGAUACUUCUCUCCAUUAAGUAUUACUGGUCGAAAUGACUUAAGUGCUUUCCUGACUUCCUAGCCUGUUUGAGUUGUGCAACAAUGAAUUAAAUGUGUUUUCCAAAAA